AUGCCCUUAGCUCAAAAGCAGCAGCAGCACUCCUCCAGAACACAGCAACAACAGAGUGCAGCUAAACUACUGGAUAGAGAAAAAAUCGAACAUACCAGCCUCGUAAAAAGGAGGUACAACCCGAGUGAUCAUCGUCGUGGUGGUGGUGGUGAUGGUGAUCGAUGUGGUGCUGAGGCGGUGGCGGGGGCGGGGGCCCACCACCGAAAUAUCCCUGAUAACCACCGGGGCCCGGCGGCGGCGGGGGCGGAUAAUUGUACCCCGACGUGUAAGGGUGGCGGUCCGACGGCGGUUGAGGUGGUGCCCUCGGCGGAGGAUAUAUUGAUCCGUACCCUGAUUAAGCAAGAGGGAAUUAGUAAUUGUUGA